AGGUUCAGAAACAAAAGUAAAGGACAUUAUGAUAAUUUCGUAAGCAUUGCCAGGGUAGAAAAGAAAAUCUAAUAGGAAUUAGGAAAUACCGACGCUACUCUUUUUUAAUAAGUCAAAUAGUACUUAUUUCUCCAUAGUAGUGACCAAGGACAAAAACUAGCAGUGUCGGAACCCACCCAAAGUGAUCUUCUUCAUCACCGUCCUUCUAUUCUUAUUAACCUCAACAAGGGUUUAACCUGGAUGUGGCGCAGAAGCGGAGAAGGUUUCAGCCGUCUCCGGCGGUUCUCAACCGCAGUGCGGCGACACUUGGAAGAUGAAGGUGACUGGCUCUAUGCCUCAGAGUGGUGGGGUUCUGCUUCUGACGAAGGCAAAACUGUUUUCCGGUCAACUUCUGGCAAGGGAAAUGGCAUCGUUUCAGUCACUGCACAUCCAUCCUCCAGACCCAAUAGAAUUGAAUGGUCAAAAAUGGAAAGAUGGUUGCAGCAGAGGUGUGAGGAAGCGCAUCCUGGAUAUGGGAAUGAAGGGAAUCUGAGGGUGCUUGGAUAUCAAUGGCGGGCGCUGCGUUUCAAUGAUGAUACUCGCCAGAGCACGACAAAAGUAAUGCUUACUUGCAGAGAAAACAAGCCGGAACUUGUCUAUCUUAUGCAGCAACCGCAUUGCUUGGCUGUUCCGUAUCUGAAGAGUAUGGUUUCUGCUGGGUUGACUUCCGUAGCCUCAUGUAAUUUUGAUAUUAUUAGCACAUUGCAAGGAAAGAAAAAUAUGCGUAUUUUAUGCAUUGGUCAUGGUGGGGGAAGCUUGCCACUUUUUUUGGCAAGUAAAAUCCAAGGUGCCAUUGUCGACGUAGUUGAAAUCGAUCCCCUUGUUAUCUCAGCAUCGAUUCAUGCAAUGGGGUUCCCGGCUUUUUCACUCAUGACAAAAUCAGGUCACAGGGCUAUUGCAAAACCGGAUAUCAUCAAUCAAGUUAUGUGGAAAGGCAUCCAUGAGAGGAUUUGCCUUCAUGAAGCAGAUGCUGAGGAAUUUAUAACUAAUAAUACAAAUCUAUAUGAUAUGAUCUUUGUUGAUGCUUAUGAUGGUAAUGAUGUAUUUCCCCACAAGUUAUGGAACCCUGAUUCGCCAUUCCUAAAAUCUCUUAAAACUUGUCUUCAUCCCAAACAUGGUACUGUUGUGGUGAACCUGCAUUCCGACUCUGAUGUAUUGAACCAUGAUGGAUCAGUUCCAUCUGAGUCUGAGCAAAUUCUACCAAUGGGAAAGUAUGUGUCUCAAGUUUGCCGAGCAUACAAAGACACACUUUUAGAAACCAGAAGCUCUUGUGAAGAGAAAACAGGUUCUGGCAUUGCUUAUACUGUUCAAGUUCCUUGGACGUGUAAUACGUCCCUAGUUGUGUGUAGAGGCUUUGGUAGAGAUAACCAAUAUAUGAACCGGAAUUUGGUUGUAAACACUCUCAUAUCCAAAUCCCUUGAACUGGAACAUGUUAUGGACUUGCCAUUCUCAUGUUUGGAAUACAUAAAAGGAGGUUUUAUUCUUGUUGAUUAGUUUGUUUUCCAGAAUAUCUAUGUAAUAGGUUUUUUUUUUUAGACAAACAUAGUUCUUGAGACUCUUCCCGUCUUUCGUUUUUAUAGCCAAAUGUUAUUUGUUAGUAGCUAAGAUUUUAAUCCCGAAAACCACUUGAGUUA